AUGAAGGCGUGGUUUGAAGCAAAGGAGUCCCCCGCCGCAGCACCCUCUGAAGCAAAAGAGGCCCCCCUCAAACCAAGUCAAGGGUACACGCAGGAGGAGGAGACUCUACAAGGGGACCCUGAGCUCCAAGGUGCCUCCUCCAGGCGGCUUAGUGGAGUGUAUGCUUGGGCUGCUGACAUGGAAGCAUCUUUGAGGCUGAGUCCGCGGCUGAGUCUGUACCUCGGGGUUUUCUUGACGCUCUCUGGCUCGCUGCUGAUGGCUGGGGGCAGCACACUCAUGAAGUUAGGACUUAGUGUUGAGGAGGCAGACAGCUUACAGGGCCAGUCGUGCGACCAGCAGUGGCUCUGGGGCUUCGCUGCGUACGUCGUGGGGGCCUGUAUGCACGUAGUGGCCUUGGGCUUUGCUCCCGCAAGUGUUUUAUCCCCUAUGAAUUCGAUUGGUCUCAUAGCCAAUGCAGUGGCGUCGGCGGUGGGUUCCUCGACAACUGUGUUGAAAGAGCCAUUUGGCUUUCAAGAGCUGCUAUUCACGGGAGGUUGUGCCUUUGGGGUAUUCCUGUGCGCCUGCGCGUCUGUUCUGCCCCGCACGGAGUUCGUGGACUUGGGCUCUGAUUUGGACAGCCGCUACAUUGGGCUAUACAGCUGGCGCGAUCCCUGGUAUCUGGCCUUCUUGGGCGUUUGCUGCGGCCUUGGGUUUGGGGCUUUAGUGUAUCUCAACAGCGUCGAGUCUGCUCUGCUGGAAGAAAAGGAACAGCAGCUUCUAAGACAGUCCGACAGGGACAUCGCUCUCCUUCAACAUUCUACCUCUCCCACUCAAGAACACCAAUCCAAGGAAAUGAGCCCUGCUCCAAUGCUUAGUCCAAGAAGCCAAACCAAACAAUCCCUCUAUCCGCGUUUAGUCGGCCUUUGCUAUGGCUUCCUUGCUGGUCUCGUUGGCUCGCAAUGCAUUCUGGAGGUUAAGGAAAUCGGGACCUGUGCGCGCUACGGCCUAACCCAAGCUUCCAUUUGGUUCUCACCACAGCCCUACUUGGUCUGUUGCUUCCUGGGCCUCUCCGUCUGGUUACAGAUCCACUUCCUGAACUUGGGUCUAGCUCGGGGAGACGCGACAACAAUCGUUCCGACGUACUAUGUUGUGUGGACUUUCUUCGGCACACUCGGUGGGUUCGCCAAGUUCCACGAGGUGCAGGGCUUCAGCGCUGGAGCUCUCGUUCUCUUUGGGCUGGGUUUCGGGCUGACAGCCAUUUGCAUCAUCCUUUUAGCGGUGCAAGAGAUGCGAAACUUACGCAAAUACGUCGACCAGCAAGUUCCAGAAAUCGACGACGAAGAGGCGGAUCUGGCGACGCAAGACCUCGUGGAGCAGCGUCUGUCCAAGCGGGUGACGUUUGCGAUGGGAAUGUUUCCCAUUUCUUCUCUGGGAAGGACGGCGGGGCGACGCCGCUUCAGACCUGUAUACCAGCGCUUCCGACGCACGCGUUCAACAGCCUCAGACACUGCCUUAGGCGACGCCUACGGAGAACUCACCAUUGGCAGCACCUCCGUCGCAGGCGCCUACACGCUGCCCCCCAACUUGCACUUCCCCCGCCGCAGCACAGAACACGGGCGCUCGGGAGAAAGCAACGACAGCCACGGCGUGCCACUGCGCCCCAUCGUGACAAUCAGCAGCAGCGGCAGCAGCAGCUCCGUUGCUCCUGAAGCCCUUAGCCGAGUGUCUUUGGGUUCCACCAGCAGCGCAAUGCUGUCGAACUCCUGCUCAGGAAAGCAGACGGGAGAAACAGCGGCGAUGAUGCACACCCCAUCGCACUAUCUCAUGCCGCCUUCAGUCAGGUCCUCCCUCCACUCCAACUUAUCCAAUGUUGUUUUGCCUGAAGAGGAUCGCAACCUGCUGUGGUUUGCCAAGCAGCAACAAGGAAUGCUCAAUGAGCAGUAG